UAUAACUAUAAAUAUUCGUAGUAAAAUGAUUAGUCACUGUUUUCGGUCGUAGAUAUAUUGAUCUAGUAUGGACCAAAAUAAAAAUUGUUGGGGGAUAGGGAUAGUGCUUAAUGUGCACAUAUUUAUCAACAUAUGCAUUCAAGUGUAGCAAGUUAUCGAGUCACUUGUUCACUCAAUUUUCCUGUUUUCAAUCUCAAUCUCUUCCCUACACAAUAAUAAUGCCUGCAGGAGCUAGUGCUUUUCUUUUCUUGCAUUAACCCUUUUUCUCUUCCUUCAUUCAUUCCUAUCACUCUGUUUUCUUUUCAUCUGUUUUCUUUUCUGCAAAGAAAACGUAAAGGAAACGCUUCUAUGUAGUGAUCCCCCCUCUCACUCUAUUCCUUCAUCUUCACUUCUAGCUUCAAAGAGGCUCCAAAUAUUUGGUUCCUUCUCCCACACCAUUCUCUGCCAUUUUCCACUUUACUUUUGAAACUUCCAUUGCCAUGAAGGAGAGAAACAAAGGUGUGGUGGAAGCUUAUAACACCAACAAUGACAUGGAUUGCUACUAUUCAACCUCUGAGUUUCACUGCAAGAAGCACCCUUCUUCUUCUUCUGGUGGAAUCUGUGCUUACUGUCUCAAGGAGCGUUUGGUGAAGCUUGUGUGCUCUGACUGUGGAGAACAGAGGCUUUCUUCUUGCUCUUGCUCUGAUGAGAUGAUCUCUUCCAAUCGGAACUCGUGUAGCACUGUUGAGGUGGGAAGCGUUGGAAGGGUCUCGUUUCUGAUCGAGAAUGAGAAGAAUGUUGAGACCCCAGUUCAGCAUUUGAAUGCUAAGGCCACAAAGUUGCAAGAUAAAACAGGGGAAAAAACAGAGGAGGUUGUGGUGUUGAGGAGAAGCAACAGAAACUGUGUUGAGAUCAAGAGAAACGGUUUUUGGAGAUUUGGGAAGCUAUUUAGGAAGAACAAGAAGAAGGAGAAGGAGUGUGGAAGAAGCGUUGGUGGGUUUGAUGAGAGAAAUGAAAUGUGGAUGGUUGAUCAUCAUGGUGGUGUUUCAAGGUCAAGGUCACUUUGCAGCUUCAGGGGUGGUGGGAAUGGUAUAUUUGGAUCAGAGGAUGGUGGUGAUUCAGUUUUAUCAGGUGCUAGAAGCUCAAUAUCUGCAGCUAGAAGCUCUGGUGUCAAUGGGGGUAUGAUGUUAGAAUCAGGAAGGAGAAGUGGGUACAGUGAAGCAGAGCCAAGAAGGAGUGAUUUCAUGAUGUUUGAAUCUGAAAAUGGUGGGAGAAAAAGUGGCCUAACUGAUGUUGAUGCAAGUUUCUAUAACAGGCGUGUGUUUUCACUCAGAGAGAGUGAUUUCAAAGGCAUGGAUGAGUCUAGUUUCAUUGACUUGAAGCUUGAUUAUUCUUCAUCAGAAGCAAAGCCAGAGUUUUCUGCUGCAAAAUUUGGUAACAUGGCUGAUACACUCUCUGCCUUUGGCAGUGUAAGAGGUGGGAAUUUCAUGGUACAUGAUGGUGAUGGAGUUUUGAAUAGUGGAGGUUCAUGUAGGAUCACUGUGAAUGACAGAGGGGUUAAAAGGGGAAGGAAAAGCAUGAAGGGUUGGAGAUGGAUUUUCAGAACUCAUUCAAAUAUUGCAAGUGGAAGGAAAAAAGAUGAAGACCUCAUGUUCAAAACCUGAUACAGUAGCAUCAAAUACCAGAAAACCAUCUUAAUUUGUUUUGGUUACACAAAUUUUGGGUGGGUUCGGCUUCGAUUACCACUCAAGGCACCCUUCCAGAUCAUAUUGAGGUACUAUCCGAUCACCCACCAACACAAUAUUCACAUCGGCAGCCAAAAUUAAACACACAAUCUUCUGGGGGAAAAUAAUUCAUCCUUAGCUAAUGUGAAAGUGUUGGUAGAAAACCAUCUUAUUGUGUAGCUUCAUAUUAGGGUGUAGUGGUUUAAAUUGUCUGUAGUUGUUCAUUAGGCAUUAUCUUUGUUUUGUGUACUAAUGUUUAUUUCAGUAAAUGCUUACUUCAUA